CUAAUUGGACAAAAAAAAACUGAUUCACGAACGAAACGAAGAAAGACAUCACGAACGACGACCUAGCGGCGCGGAAAAGUGUCGAAAAAAGGGAAUAUUCUCACUCGCCAGAGCACGGGAAAAGUGCUUUCCCCGACGGUACGGAAGGAAAUCGAGGAUUGAGUGCAUUGUGCGUGCUGUGUGCGGUGCGUUCUUAUAUAAUACAAUCGGCUCUAGCGAACCCUCUCGGGCAAGUCCAGUCGUCGUCCUCGUCGUUGUCGUCGUCGUUGUCGUCGUUUGUCUCAACAGAGUUGCACAGCCUGUUCUUGGUGUGGGGCGAGGCGGUGGUGCAUUCCACCGAAAUUUAUCCACUCACUACCCUUUUCCCACUGCAAAAGUGUUCUUCACCACGAAAAGUGGCAACAAAACGCAUCUCACACGGUGUAAGAGUGCAGACGAGACGAGAGAGAGAGAGAGAGACAAAAAAACCGCAGACUCACUCUUGCCCCAGCAGAGGAGGGAACGGAAGCCGCAUCAAAUCAUUCUCCCCCCAGCAGUAGAGUGCGACCGUGCGGUUCCGGCUGUUAACUAACUUGCGCUUACACUGCCCAUAUCCGUGAGCCCCUGGUGAUAAGAAGCGGAAGUGAAAGAGAGUGAAGAAGAGUGAGAGAAAAAGAGGGAGAGUGUGUGUGUGUGAGAGAGAUAGGGAGAACAAAAGCACCGCACAGAGUCAAUUGGUGAUUAGGGCGGAUAGACUGCGCUGGCUGAAUUGAUCCCGUAACUCCGAAACAGCGGUCGUCCCCCUACUGUGAGUGGUGCACAAACAGGGAAAUCCAUCCCAAACCAAAACCGAACCGAACCAAUCAUCAUGAAUUUCCUCCGGUUUGGCCAGUCGGCCGACAUCGACGUCGUGUUCGAUGGGGCCGAAAACCGGCAGCAGGCGGAAAUCAAAACAGAGGACGGCAAGAAGGACAAGUACCUGCUGUACUACGACGGCGAAACGGUGGGCGGAAAGGUGAACAUUACGCUCAAAAAACCGGGCAGCAAGCUGGAACACCAGGGUAUCAAAAUCGAGCUUAUCGGUCAAAUUGAAUUGUAUUACGAUAGGGGCAAUCAUCACGACUUUCUGAGCCUGGUGCGCGAGCUGGCCCGGCCGGGCGACCUCAUCCAGAACACGUCAUAUCCGUUCGAGUUUGCGAACGUGGAGAAACCGUACGAGGUGUACGUCGGCUCGAACGUUCGAUUACGAUACUUCCUGCGGGUGACGAUCGUGCGCCGGCUGAGUGAUAUCGUGCGGGAGGUGGACAUUGCGGUGCAUACGCUGUCGAGCUAUCCGGACACGAACAGUCCAAUCAAGAUGGAGGUGGGCAUCGAGGACUGUUUGCACAUCGAGUUCGAGUACAACAAGAGCAAGUACCACUUAAAGGAUGUGAUUGUGGGCAAAAUCUAUUUUCUGCUGGUGCGCAUUAAGAUUAAACACAUGGAAAUAGCCAUCAUCAAGCGGGAACAGACUGGUUCGGGACCUAACAUGUACACGGAGAACGAAAUUAUCGCCAAGUACGAAAUCAUGGACGGGUCGCCGGUGAAGGGUGAAAGCAUACCGAUCCGGGUGUUUCUCGCCGGGUACGACCUCACCGUGACGAUGCGCGAGAUUAACAAGAAGUUCUCGGUCCGCUACUUCCUCAAUCUGGUGCUAAUUGACACCGAAGACCGGCGGUACUUCAAACAGCAGGAAAUCACGCUCUGGCGCAAGGCGGAAAAGACGCGCAAAUCGCUCACGCCGUCGCAGGCGGCCGCCAUUGCCGCGGCCCAGGGCGGUGCGGCCGGGCUGAUGCCGGGCCAGCUGGUGGCAGCGACGGGCUCGAGCAAUAACCCGCACAUACCUCACCAUCUCGUCGGGCAGGGUACGAUGAGCUCGCUCGCCUCGAAGGAGCUGCCGUCCGGCGUGGGGGGCACCGGUGCGGCCGGUGCUGGCGGGCUGCUCGGGGAAGGUAGUGCCGACGAGGACAGUGUCGGCGGGCUGAAGCGUUCGGACGAUUCCAAUCCAAUUAUGGGACUGUUUACGGAGGACAAUUCACAGGCGGAUCUACGACCUAAGCCAGCGGUGCGACAGCGUAGCGACGAUGCGCAGCAAGACAACAGCUCUCGCUCGGUAAACAGCAACUUGAAGCCGGGUGAAAUGCCCCUACACGUCGAACCGGAUGAAGAUUCGCUGCCCGAGCAGCAGCAGCAGCAGACCCAGCCGGCCCAGCAGCCCCAGUCGGCGCAGCAGCAUCUGCACCGGGAGGCCGGCGAUGGUGCCGCCUCGAUAUCGCAAACGACGGACGAGGAAACGUCCUCCCUGUUCGAUGCGAACGAUUUGAGUUUCAAUGCGGCCAGCAGCAGCAACCCGUCGGCGAACGUAGCCGCCACCCCAGCGACGAUCGUGGCUGAUCCGACCUCCUCGCCGACGGUGAGCAGCUCGAUAACGAAACCAACGGCGGGCGAGGAAGCGGCCGACGAUGAAACCGGAGUCUCGGCAAGCAGCAGGGACACCGAACAGCAGCAGCAGCAGGACGAAGAGACUGCGCCCAUGCCGGAAGUGACGAGUACGGAGGUCAAUGCUAGCAACAGCAGCAGCACCACCACCACUACGACAAGCCCGGUGCCGCCUACGGCGACAGCAGCCACGGCAGUGUCAAGCUCCGCUUCAUCACCGCCCCCGUUGGCGGCGAAACCGGCCAAACCUCGAAAGCCAGUGCUCGAAUAAGCGGCGGCAAUGCGCCAUUUAUAAUACGCCAAUUUGCUCUUGAAUCCUCUGGUCUGCGCUGGUCCAUACGUCCAUGUUGCGCGCCGUUUUGGUGGUUACGAGGCAAAAGUAAGAAGCAAUGGAGUUAGAUGUUAAAGGGAGAAGGAGAGCGAAAGCUAGCUGAUACUACACACGAGCACCAAUUGCAGGCACCAGGAGCACACGGGAGCGUUUGUGGAGGUGUGCAGGAUAAAAGUGAUGAAUCGGACGUAAAGGGAGCGUGCGGUAGCAUAUAUAUAACGAAAUGUUUCUUAUUUUCUGUUGUAUAGGAAACAAAUUAUCCCUUACUAAGAGUUGGGCAAGUUGAAAGCACGCAUCCUUGGGUAAAGAAGAAAUGUGCAACAAUUCAGUUGCAUACUCAGCGGUUCGAUAGGAAAGAGGGAAGAAGGAUUUUAAAAUCAAUGGCACACGAUCGUUAGUAAAAUCGUUGCAACGCCGGCUUGAAAAUGGAAAUGGGCAACAGAAACGAACGAUGUAGGGAACGGUAAGAAGCGCAAAACGCAUGGCUGGCUGGGAUGCAUGAGCAUACACUUUUGGCAUUGCUGUAUGACAAAAUCCACCCGUCCGAGGUGGUUUGAGCGGAAUUUCAUCGACAAUUUCGAUGAGGCAAACAGCAGCAGGCUGGGAAAGACACUUCAGUGCGAAAUGAUCGAUGCCCACUCGGUUCGGUUCACUCACAAUUCACACACACACAACCCUAUGAAAUUUAUCAAUGGUUUACGGUUUUGAAAACAUUGCAGGUCAGCUGGACAGGGGUUGCUACUUUUUAUUUAGUCAAUUUUUGGCUGUACACGGGCACGAAAUCGAAAAUGUGAAAAAAAACGUCGCGAAAUGUAGGUGUAAAGAGCUCUAGUAGCCGUGCGCAGUGUUAUAUCAGUUGCGUGCGGUCGAAACGGAACGUUAAUAAUUACUUUGUAAGCUUUGCUAAACUAGGUUUUAAGGUAUCACCCAUCCUAUCCCUAUCCCUUUGUGUCUGGCAGGUUAUUAUAUCCAAAUUUGUCCCAGGCCCCUUUUGAUUUAGUAAGGUACAUAUUACAUAGUGGCAAAUUAUUCCUGUUGUAUUUUCGACACUGUUUUCUUCUUUCCCUUUUUUGCGUACUACACUACUCUAAGAAGGAACGGGGGCGAACGGGUCGUUGCGCACGCUGGCUCCGUAGCUCCUGUAACGGACUGUUGAAAAAAAAACAAAACAAAACAAAAACGUUGUUACUACAUUUAAGCUAGAUGUGAGGAUGAUUGAUUGAUGCAAAACAGAUCGUGUGUGCUAAUGUGCGGGAUGGCAAAAAGCACAUACAAAAAAUAACACAUGCUCCUAACACGUAUAUGAAUGAGACAGCGGUAGAUACACCAUACAGGUCUUCUGCUGCAAAGGCGGAAUGAAGAAAAUCGAUUUAAAAAUUAACAAGCGGGAUAAUGUAAGCACUUGCACACGUGGUUAUGUAUGCCGUAUUAUGAACACAACUGAAACUGAUUUAACAACAAUUUAGGCAAACCUAGAAAGAGGAGGGAGUGAUAACAAACAGCAACAACAAAAACUAUAAGAAGUAUAUAUAUAUAUUGAAAAUAAACAUGCUAAGUAUAUGAAAUCAGAAA